GUACCAGGCGUGUCUUUCACUAGGUGGUUUGCACCGCCCAACAGCCUACUAAACAAUCAAUACUUCGCUAUGCCAGCUUUAGGUCCCCCUAACAAUUCAACCCCAACUUACUCCGCUUCUCAGUUCUCACUACUCUUUCUUUACAAUUUCUUAAUUGACAUAUAUUAUUUCCCACCAAACCGCGUAAUUAAUUUUGAGUUCACUAUCAUUUCCCAACUUAUGAGCUGUGCGUUACAUGUAUAUAUAUACUUUCUGGCUCUCCCCUGCAAAACACAUCCACUCCAAAAGUUCUUUACUCAAAAAGACCAACGGAAAAUAAAUCUUGUAAAAGUGCAAACACUUUCUCAUUUUUGGUUCCCACUACUGCCACUGCCAUUUCUUUUCAUUAUAGCUAUUGCUAUCUUCUACUUUUAAAACACAGCUGCAACCAUGCAAGAAAGGUCAAAAAUGCAGAAGAAGAAAUCAGCAGUUGCACGUAGAGCUUGGAACAUUCUCCGCCUAGCCUUGUUAUGGGCAAGAAAAGGUGGCAUUUUCAGGAACAGACACCUUAUAGCCGAUCUCCGUUUGCUUCCCAAAUACAUUAGAAGCCUCCGUCAUACCAACGACUACGGGUAUGGAGUUGGUCCCAGUGCAUUACAUUAUGGGGAACGUGAGUUUUCCUUUGAUGACACCCCUAUCAUUCAUGUCAAGAUGCAUCGCCCUGCCUCCUUGCGUUUCAAGAUGCCUAACAUCCCCUGCAUCAAACCUCAAGUUGACUUUGACUUUGACUUUGACUUUGAAAACGAUCAUCAUUAUGAUAAUGAAAUGUACCAUGGUUAUGUUGAUGAUGUUCCAAGGAGAAGUUGUUUGAAGGGUGCCGAUGAUGAUAAUGAAGACGAUGAAUAUGCGAGCUGUGAGGUCUCUGAGGAGAUUAGUUGUCCUGGUGAUGAAGCUAUUGAUAUGAAGGCUGAGCAAUUUAUUGCAAAGUUCUAUGAGCAAAUAAAGCUGCAAAAGCAAAUGUCAUAUUUACAAUACCAUGAGACUCACGCUAAUUGAAGGUGACAAUUGACGGAGAGUUGCAGACGCUUUUGACUAAUUAUAAUCUACGAAUUUACUCUUUCUUGUAUCCAUUCUUGCCCUUGUUUCAGUUAGAUACCUGUAGUAUUCCUUAUGUAUAGGAGGCCUUGCGGCAUUUUUGUAGAUAGAUGAGGUGUUUUAUUCCAGACUUCAAAAUAAAAGUCUCAAAAAACAAUUUCCAGAAUGAUUUUGCGUCAAGUGUUACCUUGACACUGGUAAAACAUACGUCGACGACAGUCACGAGGGGGUAACGUCUUGCUUAAUGGGAGGCAAUAUUUGGCAACUUGAGCUGGAACUCAUAAGAGCUAUGUACUACAACUAUGGCACCAACCAAUUUUCAGCCACACGAUCUUCGCUAUUCUUUUAGCUGAUGUUUGUUGGAGUAUUUUUCUGUUUUCGAUUCAAUUUUGAUGUUCGUAAGUGAAACUUGUAUUUCGAUUCCAGAGGUUCAAACUAUAGAAUCCAUGAUCGGGCAACCUUUUAUUGGAAA